AUGCCCAAGAAUCAAUACAGAAGACUUUUCAAUCUCUCCGUAGAAUGCCGUCCUCCUCGGCGUACUGAUUGGGUCAUCGAGAAACGGAUGAUGUCGGCGCUGCGGACAUUUCUACCUCUACAGCUUGAGAGGCUCGAGCUACACUAUAAGAUAGCUGGUGAGGGAGUCCGUUACAGGAAACCAUCACAAUGGUCGAGCGUUCCGAAGAAGUAUCUCCGUGCAAUUCUCAAAGCUGCCGCGUCGCUCCCGACACUGACCUAUCUGGGUGUGCGGCAGAGUGCCUCCAAUUCUCAGAAAGCUUCCGGGGAGGAUGUGGAUGGUCCCUACAAGCAGACUUGGUGGAGACUUGAGGAACAGGACGGAAGGCGGAAGGCAUGCCUGGUACCGACGGAAGAAUGA